AUGCAUCGCUGCCUAACCGUCCGCGAGGUUGUGUUAGAGAUAUGCCGGGUACUGAAGACCUUUCAAGACGACUCAGAUGAAUACAAGCCCUCUAAGGACCUUGCAGGAAUAGCGCGAUCCUGCAGAGCGCUUUCUGAUCCAGCUCUGGAUGUCCUCUGGGAAGAGUUGGAUUACUCUUUCCAACUCCAACAUCUACUCCCUGUAUAUGGAGAAGAUUAUCGCCGUCCCGACGAAGUUUACGCGAUUGAUCAUGAUAUUACUCCAGAGGAAUGGUUGCGGUUCGACUUCUACGCACAUCGUGUCCGUCGAUUGAACUUCCGCGUAACAGUAGAGGACUAUGAGUACGACACACGGCGCCCUAGAUUGUCGCUGACUAUGUAUCUCAGCCAACUCAGGCGGAAGCCAUUACUCCCAUUUCUGAGAACAUUGGAGUGCACUCUGGACUUGGGCCAACCAUUCGAGGGUCAUCAUCUUCGACCGUUCUUGACACCUUCUCUUCGACAGGUCCUCAUCAAAAGGUGGGAAUGGACAUGUGACCGUCCUGUCACUUGGUCAGAUUGGUCGCCAGGAGGGAGCCGUCAUUACGCUGACCAGCGACACACAUGUCUUAUCAUGGAGGACUUCAUAUGUGUUCUUGUCCGAACAGCGCCGCUUCUAGAAAGCAUACAUAUCCCUGAACUUCGUCACCUGAAAAGUCUACACUUGCAAUGUUCCUUGUACCGACCCUCGAUCGAGAUCCAGACGUUUGAGGAUCUUUCAACUCUUGAUUCCUUGAACAAAAUCAGGCUGGACAUAAGCGGAUUCAAGGAGGGGGACUUCGACGGCUGGAUAGGCUUCCCAGCGUUGAAAGAAGUUUUGAUCUACAACGGUGACCCCGUCAUUGCCCUGAAAUUCCUAGACGUCCUAUCCACAUCCACUUUGGAGGUCUUCUACGUUGGAUGUGAUCCUCAUCCUGAAGAUGCCGGAGGCUGGCGGCGAGAAGAGUGCAUCUCCAUCUGUGACAAGUUGGCCUCACGAUGGAGUGGGACGCUCACUGCUGUGCGCUUCGCCCUCCCAAUAUGGGGGAGCAGUGAAGGAGGGGACCAUGCUUUAACCAAUUCACUAGGUGCGGCACAACGGCUAUCCACCCUCAUGAUAGAGAUGUCGCUCUCCAGCCUUGGUGAGAGCGUAGACGUGAUAGCGCAGACGUGGCCGCGCCUGCAGAAUCUCAUAAUCCCCUGCGAGGAUUGCACGAUGCCAGAAUUAGCAUCCAUCGCCCUGCACUGCCCUAACUUGAGAAAACUCGAAGUGGAGUGCAUCAUUCUUACCGCGGUUGUGGCAUACUCUGGAACAUAUCGACUUUGCGGCCCACGGCGGGCGUGA